AUGGUUACUAUAAUCAGCACCAUGGAAACCCAGGUGUCCAACGGUCCAAGCGGAACCAGUCUGCCAAACGGUCCUGUCAUUAGCACCAAUGGCUCAACAGACGACAGCAAAACCAACCUGAUCGUCAACUAUCUGCCUCAGAACAUGACCCAGGAAGAGUUCAAAAGUUUGUUUGGUAGCAUUGGAGAGAUCGAGUCUUGCAAGCUAGUCAGAGACAAGAUAACAGGUCAGAGUUUGGGAUAUGGCUUUGUAAACUAUGUGGAUCCAAACGAUGCAGACAAGGCCAUCAACACACUCAAUGGUCUCAAACUGCAGACUAAAACAAUCAAGGUAUCAUAUGCCCGGCCAAGCUCGGCUUCUAUUCGUGAUGCCAACCUCUACGUGAGCGGGCUGCCCAAGACCAUGAGCCAGAAGGACAUGGAACAGCUCUUCUCCCAAUAUGGGCGCAUUAUCACAUCCCGCAUCCUAGUGGACCAAGUCACAGCAGGCAUAUCACGAGGAGUGGGUUUCAUCCGGUUUGACAAGCGAAAUGAAGCAGAGGAGGCCAUCAAAGGUCUGAAUGGACAAAAGCCUUUGGGUGCUGCCGAGCCCAUCACUGUCAAGUUCGCCAACAAUCCCAGCCAGAAGACAGGCCAGGCCUUACUGACUCAGCUGUACCAGACUGCUGCCCGCCGCUACACAGGGCCUCUGCACCACCAGACUCAGCGUUUCAGACUCGACAAUUUACUAAACGCCAGCUACGGAGUCAAGAGCUCUCCCACUCUCUUCCCCAGAUUCUCGCCGAUCACCAUUGACAGCAUGACCAGCCUGGCUGGGGUCAACCUUACUGGUCCAACUGGAGCCGGCUGGUGCAUCUUUGUCUACAACCUGUCCCCUGAGGCGGACGAGAGUGUCCUGUGGCAGCUCUUUGGGCCUUUCGGUGCUGUCACCAACGUCAAGGUCAUCCGUGACUUCACCACCAACAAAUGUAAGGGCUUUGGCUUUGUCACCAUGACCAACUACGAUGAAGCCGCCAUGGCUAUUGCUAGCCUCAAUGGCUACCGCCUGGGUGACCGCGUGCUGCAGGUUUCCUUCAAGACCAGCAAGCAGCACAAGGCCUGA